ACCACAAGGCAUCGGGUUAUAAUGGUCCUGGUGAUCCUCCUAGUCUUGAAGUUCCUUCUAUUGCUCCUCCUUACAGGUCUGGUUUUGCACUAUAAAAGCAUGGCAGAGGACGGGUCACAUCCGAAAAAUAAUAACGGCUCUCCCGGUGCAAUUUGUGGUAUAGACUGGACAUGUCAUGAGUCCAGCUGCUACUACUUUUCCUUUCGUAUAAUGACGUGGAUGAUGGCCCAGAAAGAUUGUGAGGACAUGGGGGCUCACCUGCUGGUCAUUAAUUCCAAGGAGGAGACGAUUUUUAUAGAAAAGUUAUCCUAUGGCAUGCUCGUAUGGAUCGGUCUUACUGACAGGAAUGGAACCUGGAAAUGGGUGGAUGGGACUUCCUACGCCUCAACUGAUAAGUUUUGGCAUUUGACUCAGCCUGAUAAUUGGAAUGGGCAUGAGAACGGAGAAGGGGAACAUUGUGCCACGAUAACACCGUAUAGAAAAUGGAAUGAUGACAAUUGUUCCCGGAGAAUCCCAUACAUCUGUGAGAAGAAACUUUCCUGACCUGGACAUCAAAGAAGACCAGAUUUCUAUCUGCUAAUCAUUCAUCUUCCUCAACUAGACUAUAGCAGAAACUAUCCUGACCUGGACUUUGGAGAAGACCAGACCUGCAACUGCUAACUAUUCCUCUUCAUCUACCAGAAUAUAUCCUGACCGGGACAUCAGAGAAGACCAAAUCUUCAUCUGCUCAUAAAUAUUCCUCAUGUACCAGAUUAUAAUAAAACAUAUCCAUCUGCUAAUUAUUCCCUUUCUCCCACCAGACUAUAGAAAAAAUAUCCUGACCUGAACAUUGGAGAAGCCAAGAUCUCCAUCUGCUAACUCUUCCCCUUCCUCAACCAAAUUAUAAAUUAAAUUAUCCUCACCUAGACCUUGGAGAAGACCAGAUCUCCAUCUGUUAGUCAUUCUUCUUUAUCUACCAGACUAUAGAAGAAAAUAUCCGGACAUAGACAUAAGAGAAUAAUAGAUCUCCAUCUAUGAAUCAUUCCUCUUCCUCCACCAGACGAUAAAAGAAAAAUAACCAGACCUGGGCAUCACGGAAGGUCUCCAUCUACUUAUCAUUCUUCUUGCUCUACCAAGCUAUAGAAGAAAAUAUUCUGACCUUAACAUCAGAGAAGACCAGAUCUCCAUCUGCUAAGUCAAUGUUUUUUAUCCACCAGGAUUAGAUUGUGCCACAAUAAUACUUAUCAGAAAACAGGAUGAUAACUGUUCACAGAAAAUCCCAUACACCUGAGAAGAAGCUAUCUUGACCUGGACAUUGGAGAAGACCAGAUCUCUAUUUGCUAAUCAUUCCUCUUAGUCAACCAGACUACAGAAGAAAAUAUCCUGACCUAGACAUUGGAGAAGACCAGUUAUUCAACUGCUAAUCAUUCCUCUUUAUCUACCAGACUACAGCAGUAUAUAUCCUGACCAGGAUAUCAGAGAAGACCAAAUCUCUAUCUGAUCAUAAAUAUUCUUCAUCUACCAAACUAAUAAAAAAUGGCCUGACCUGGACAUCAGAGCAGGGCAGUUUGAAGGAAUUUGGGGGCCCCAAGCAAAUUGGACAUGGAGGCCCACCAACCCUCCCCGCACGCAAAGCCUACAUGAACCACAGCAUAGACACUAAGCAGUCACAAAUAUGUCAUCUUCCUGCUCUUCUCUGGACCCAUGUGAAAGGGGCUUAAGGCUUCAUUCACAUGUGCAGCUGGGGGAUGGUAAAACCAGGCCCUUGAGCCUGCUAGUCUGUCUGCUCAGAGCUGUACCAAUGCCAUGGCAAAAAUUAAAUAGCAUGUCACAUUAGGUGGGCGUUAC